AUGCAAAUGAUGGAAUCUCGGAAUAAUUUUGAAAAUAAUUAUGGAAGCAUGAACUUUUGUAGAAAUUCUAGUUCAUCAAAAUUUUCUCUGUCAUCAGUUAGUGAGAAGUUACCCAACAAUUCAGAUGAUGAUUUAAAGCAACAAACAAAUCCAAAUAUGUACAUCAUGUCUUCUGAUUACCAAGAUCAAACCUCGUUACAAUUUCAUCAACCUCAGCCAAAUGUAACGCCUAAUUCAUCUGCUCAAUGGAAUAAUUCACCAUUUUUCAUUAAUGAUGAAAUAUAUGGAUUUGUAAAUACUCAACACAAUAUGCCGGACGUAUCACAAAUAACUGCAAAUUCCUCAGAAACUAAUGGUAACGUAAUUGAUAAUUUAGCUGAAUUAUAUUCUCCGGCUAUUAUAACAAAUUCUGAUAGGAAUAGUUCAAAUUCAGAUGACACUUUGUAG